AUGGUCAAUUUUACUAUCAAGGUCGUCUCGGACACCGUCUGCCCCUUUUGUUUCGUGGGCAAGCGACGUCUGGAAAAAGCCAUCGACGUCUACAAAAAGACCGUCCCGGGCGGCGCCGACGACACCUUCACCGUGACGUGGCACCCCUUCUACCUGGACCCGACGCUGCCCAAGACGCCCACGCCGUCGCUCGAGCACGUGAUCCGAAAAUUCGGCGCCGACCGCGUGCCCAUGCUUCACGCCCGCCUGGCCGCCACCGGCAAGGGGGAAGGAAUAAACUUUACCUUUUCGGGCAUGCUGGGCAACACGCGCGACUCGCACCGGCUGCUGCAGCUGGCCAAGACCAAAGGGUCGGAGCGCCAGAACCAGGUUGUCGAGGCCAUCUUUAAGUCGUAUUUCGAGCAGGGCGGCGACAUCACCAGUUUCGACAUGCUGACCAAGGCCGCCGAGGCUGGGGGGUUGGAUCCCAAGGAGGCGAGGGAGUGGUUGGAGACAGGCAAGGGCGGCGCCGAGGUCGACGUCGAGGUGGAAAACGCUUACCGCAAGGGCGUCUCGGGCGUACCGCACUUUUAUAUCAAUGACAAGUAUGAGAUAGGUGGCGCGCAAGAGGUCCCGGCUUUCCUGGAACAGUUCUCCAGGGCUAAAAAGAGCGCCAGCGGCGCGGCUGCUGCAACCGACUCGUCGCUUCGGUGCUAA